AUGGGUGUAGCGCCGCCGACAAGAGGACCGCUGUGCACGCACGAUCGAUGGAUCGAACCCGUCCCAGUGCCAACCAAGCCUUUCAUCCGAUCCGGGGUCGACAAACAAAUCGGUGGACACGGCUCAAGGACCCCGUCAAUGUCACUGACGAAAAUUGAGAACAUCUUGGAUGACAAUGGCGAGGGAACGAAACGAGUAGAAGAGAUGUUGGGACUCCCACGUCCAGUGAAGACGGGCCAUCUAAGUAUCUAA